AACCUCCCAGAAAUCUCAUCAUUGCCGAAGGGAGCGGGCAAGGCCUAUCACGAUCGGCCGAUUGACACCCUUGUCCCCAGCAUUUCCUCGGGGUUGUGCAGAUUUGUAGUCCGCAGUCAUCAGAUAACCCAAAAAAUACCGGCGAUAACAUUCAAACACAAUCUCUGCCACCGACCCCACCACCCAAUCACAACGCAGUCAGAUGACAAUUGAGUCAGCCAGACAAACCCAAAAACAAGCGUCCGAUCACGGUCCCGGUCACUUUUGACCUCAAGUUCCCCCCCUCCAUUCUCCUCCACCUCUCUACCCUUCCUUCACGAACGAAACCACAGGUAGACUAACACAAUGGCUCCCUCGUUCGUGACCAUUGACACAACGCCCGACUUCGACAUGGCGCCCACUCCCUCCUUCCAGCCCAAGUCAACCGACCCCUCCAAGCGCACCCUCCUCCUCGCUCCCCCCUCCAUCGCCACUCAGGAAGAAAAGCUUCGAGACCUUUUCACGACUUUCGACCGCUCCACAACCGACCUGCAGAUGCUCGACCGCAUAUCUGCCGGCUUCGUCUCCCUCCCCUCCAACACAUAUGAUCACAUUCUCGUCCUUACAGAUACCGAUGGCACGCGCCGGUCGGAGGCACUCCACCUGCUCACGCGGGACGUAUACACGGCGCUGGUUCCAUGCAUGAAGGCUGGGGCGAAGCUGCAGACCCAGGAUAACUUCUUCGGGGAGGCUGAGAAGCGCGAGGCUGUUUUGGCGGGGCUGAUCAAGACCGAUGCCGGAUUCGAGAAGAUGGAUCAGCCCAAGUCGUUCGCUAUACCCCUGCGUCGCGGUGGAAAGAAGAAGGAUGCCGUGAAGAUGGAGACGGUUGCGCCUGCUCCUACGCCUGCGCCUCCCGUUCAGCCCGUGGCUGUGGGCAUGAUUAAUAAUGAGGACGAUUACGAUAAUGACGAUGAUUUGAUCGACGAGGACACGCUACUGUCGGAUGAGGAUUUGAAGAGGCCCAUACAACCCCCGGAAUGCCAGCCUAAGCCCGGUCGCCGGCGCCGAGCCUGCAAGGACUGCACAUGCGGUCUCGCGGCACGACUCGAAGCAGAGGAACAGGCGGAGCGAGAGAAGGCAGACAAGGCUCUGAAUGUGCUGAAGUUGGAGACGGACGAUCUGAAUGAGUUGGACUUCACCGUGGAGGGCAAGACUGGCUCGUGUGGUAACUGCGCACUGGGCGAUGCCUUCCGGUGCGCGGGCUGCCCGUUCAUCGGUCUCCCGGCGUUCAAGCCGGGCCAGGAGGUGCAGAUUCUGGAAAAUGUUGCGCAAUUGUGAAGUUCUUUUCAUUCUGGUCGGGUCUCUUUCGGGUUCAUUGUGGGUUGGUUCCGGACUGGCGAUGGUUGGGCGAACGGAUAAAAUAUAGAAUACCUUAGUUACCUUUUAUGACUACUACUAUCACCUUAUUUAGGUUGAAUGAUCAAUUAUCU